GAGAACUACACCGCACUAAAACUACAACUCCCAGGAUGCAAACCGCGACAAACAUGGCGGAAUAACUCGCGGUGGAAGAUGUCGGUUCGGCGCGUUUCUGUGGCUGCCGUUCGCGGUUUGAACGGAUCCGGUGUCGGUCGCGGCGCUGGAGUUACAGACGCGGUUUCUCCGCAGAAGAGAAGCAAGAGCGACGCGGUGAACGGACACGAAGAACUAAACGUGCUCCGCUUCGCGAAGCUGACGGAACACGCCACGACACCGAGCCGGGGAUCGAGCCGGGCCGCGGGCUUCGACCUGUACAGUGCGUAUGACUACAGCAUCGGGCCGAUGGAGAAAGCUCUGGUGAAGACGGACAUCCAGAUCGCGGUUCCUCACGGACACUACGGCCGAGUCGCUCCUCGCUCGGGGCUCGCCGUCAAGCACUUCAUCGAUGUUGGCGCUGGCGUUGUGGACGAGGACUACAGGGGCAAUCUGGGAGUCGUGCUCUUCAACUUCAACAAGGAGCCGUUUGAAGUGAAGAAAGGAGACCGCGUGGCUCAGCUGAUCUGUGAGAGGAUCUGUUAUCCAGAGCUGCAGGAGAUGAAGACGCUGGACGAGACGGAGCGAGGAGCGGGAGGAUUCGGCUCCACCGGCACCAGCUGAAUCUGUUCCUGUGAUGACAUGCAAAGUUUAACGGUGUGAAAUGUUUCUCUCUUAACAUGAUCUCUAAAUAAACAGUUCUUUGUGUGAA